AUGAUGAGCCUUCGCCAUCUGUUCUUGCGAGCUGUUUCCAAGUUCUUCCUUUCCUCCUCUCCGAGUUUACUGAAGGCACUCCAGGGAAUUGGGCAUGUUCAUCAACCAGGACCAUCGCUCAAGGACGAUGUCAGCGAGUACCGGCCUGAACUGCCGGUGGACAUCCUGAUGGACAUCUUUGCCCUGCUAGAGAUCCCUGACCUGCUGCGUGCCGGCGCCGUAUGCUCCACGUGGCACGCUGCGUACACCAGCCUGCUCAGCCAUGGAUGUUACCAUCGGCCACAGACGCCAUGCCUCCUCUACACAUCUGAAUCUGACGCGGAUAACGUUGCCUGCCUCUACAACCUCGCAGAGGACAGGGUCUACAGGCUCACGCUCCCGGAGCUGGCGAUCCGCAGCCGGUAUCUGAUUGGCUCCUCCAAUGGCUGGCUGGUCAGCGCCGACGAGAGGUCGGAGCUGCACAUGGUCAACCCAAUCACCGGUGAGCAGAUCGCCCUCCCACCGGUGACCACCAUCGAGCAGGUCAAGCCCAUCUUGGACGACGCCGGUGAGAUUAAGGAGUAUGAGUUGUCGCAUUUCAGCGGAGAAGAGGUUUACCGUGACCCAACAAUUCUUGCUCUCAAUGAGCUGCGUGAUGACCUCUACUCCAAGGCAUUUGUGUUCCCUGAUGAGGCCUCUUCAGGAAGCUACGUUGUGGUCUUGAUCCACGAACCAUAUGAGCUUUCAUUUGCAAGACCAGGAGAUUCUAAAUGGACACUGCUGGCAGCAAGAGAUUCCUAUGAAGACUGCAUGUACGUGGAUGGCGUACUGUAUGCAGUGACAGGUGCUUGCAGAAUUGAUGCUUUUGAUCUCACCGGCCCUACUAACUUAAGGAAGGUGAUUAUGGAAGAAACAAAGAACUUUAUUUAUGAACACAUAUACAUUACUAAGACGUCAUCAGGAGAUCUGCUGCUAGUUUGGAGGGAACAGGAUGUCAAAGGUGAGGGCGAUGUGGGCGAGGAUGCUCCAGAGCCUGUACAAUGGGAACUAAUUUCAGAGAUCAAGAUGGAAACUAGGAAAAUCACGUUGUACAAAGUUGACAUGGAAGCAAAAGAGCUCGUCGAAAUUAAUAGUCUGCAUGACCAUGUGUUGUUCCUUGGGUAUAGCCAGACGUAUUGUCUAGGUGCUGAAGAAUAUCCAUCAUUGAAGGCAAAUCAUGCCUACUUGACAGACAGUCAAAGAUAUAUAGCAUCUUGGAAGAGAAAUUGCCGUGAUAUAUGUGUUUUCAAUUUGGAAAGUAACAGUGCUGAAGAAAUUGUGCCUCCUCAGUGUUGGUGCAGCUGGCCAGCUCCCAUAUGGAUAACACCUAACCUUACAAAGAUGAGCUCAAGAUUAAAGGAAUAG